AUGGCGGAGCCGGAUACACAAUAUCAACAUGAGAAAGCAGCAGACAACCAGGCCCCGAGCCCUACAUCUGGGUCUGUGGACGAGGAAGUCUCGGGAGCUGUGAACGUCAACGAGCGCGCACUGCUUCGGAAGAUUGAUUUUCGGCUUCUUCCCGCCGUUGGCAUCCUCUACCUGCUGUCUUUCCUCGACCGGAGCAAUGUCGGCAAUGCAAAGAUAGAAGGGCUGGCGACUGAUCUUGGCAUGACGGGCAACCAGUACCUGACGGGUCUGACGCUCUAUUUUAUUGGUUAUGUCUUGUUUGAGAUUCCGUGCAACAUCAUCCUCAAGCGGACGUCGCCCAAACUAUGGCUUCCUACUUUAACCGUUAUCUGGGGUAUUGUAGCCACGCUCAUGGGCGUCGUCCAUAAUUUGUCGGGCUUCUUUGCUGCCAGAUUCUUCUUGGGAGUUGCUGAAUCUGGUCUCUUUCCGGGCGUGGUAUAUUACUUCUCGAUGUGGUACAAAAGAAGGGAGCGCCAGUUCCGCAUCUCACUCUUUUUCAGUGCCGCAGCACUCGCAGGAUCCUUUGGCGGUAUCCUGGCAUACGGCAUCAGCUUUAUGCGGGGCAUCGUCUGGCCAAAUGGUUGGCACUGGAUCUUCAUUAUCGAAGGUCUCGUAACGAUCGUCAUCGCGGCGACAUCCUAUUUCUUCAUCUACAACUACCCCGACACCGCCGGCUUCCUUUCGGAUAGCGAGCGUACAGCGAUCCAGGCCCGGCUCGCCGCAGACAGCGACUGUACCCAUGAGGAGCGAUUCACCUGGGCCAAUGUCAUGCGGGCCGUCAAGGAUCCAAAGUGCUGGCUCUAUGGUUUUGCGUUCCACACCAUGAGCUUGCCACUUUACACCCUCUCUCUUUUCCUGCCGAGCAUCAUCCAGUCCCUCGGCUACACCGCCGCCAAAGCCCAGCUGCUGACGAUCCCGCCCUACGCAUUCGCCUUCGUGACCACGUUAUCAGUAGCGGCCCUCUCCGAGCGCCUGAACAAGCGUGCUCCGUUCCUGGCUGGCUCGGCCGCGUUCGGCGCCAUAGGCUAUAUCAUCCUCCUGGCCAACAAGAACCCGACGGCGCGACCAGGCAUUUCGUACCUGGGCACCUUCUUCGCGGCAGGCGGAAUCUACCCUGCCACGGCCCUGGCGCUGUCGUGGCCGGCGAUCAACGUCAGCGGGCAGACGAAGCGUGCGGUGGCGAACGCCAUGCAGAUCUCCAUCGGAAACUGCGGCGCGGUGCUGGGCACGCAGCUGUACCGGUCCAACGACGGGCCGCGGUACAUUCUGGGCCACAGCUUCGCGCUGGGCUAUCUUCUGGCGAACGUCCUGGUGUCAGGGCUGCUGUACUUCAUUCUGAAGAGGGAGAAUGAGAAGAGGGAUGGGAUCGCGGCUGAGGUGAAGGAGGUCGGGCACCUGAAGGAUUGGGAGGGAGACGAUGAUCCCAGGUGGCGGUUCCAGUAUUAA